AUGGACCCGUUCGCCAUUCAGAAUCUGGUAUCUGGAUUGUCCGACCUCGAGCUCGCGUUGCUGCUCUCUCUCAUCUGUGAAGAGCAUUGUGUGGUUGAGACCCCCAUAGUAGAUGUCGACAAUGUCUCGGGCGAGCUUGCUCUGAUCUGUGAGAAUAGCUUUGGCUUAUCAUAUACUAUUCUCGACUGCUCCACAUCGACAUCUAGAGACGGUUUCGGCGAUAGCAUAGUUGCUCCUGAUUCAAAAAGAGGUCGGCCAUCUCAUGUAGCUUCAAGUUCAACAGUUUCAUCCGUUCGAAAAGGAAGCGGGCCUCACAGCCACCUCGAUGAGAGGAAAAUCGUAAAUGUAGUUAUCGCGAAGAAUUUCAACCGUGUCUCUUCAGAGAUUCAGCUCCAGGCGUUAGAGGCAUGGCUACCACAUCUUGAAGAUGACAAUGGCUGGUUGUCUGAAGAUCAAGCUUCCCUCUCUUCUGUUGUGAGGAAGUCACAGCAGUUCAACAAUGGAUUUAACGACAGCUCCCAUAUCAUAACCGAGCAGAUGAUCCUGCAACUACGCUCAUUAAGCCACGCUGUCUCAGUCUCUGCCGAAGUCACCCGUUACCUACACAACAUAGUCGUCUUCCUCAGACUCAAUCGUGCCGUUGCAGGCGGUAUUUCUGCAAGAGCUACCAAACAUUUCAUUCUUGUUGCAAAAUCUCUUGCCUCAUUACACGGCAUCGACUAUCUCACACCCUCCCUUGUGUGUCUUGCUGCGAAGAAGGUCUAUCGCCAUCGGAUUGUAGUUGCUAAGCCUGAAGACGAUAGGAGUCUUCAAUAUGGGAGCGAUCUCGAAUCAGUCAAGGUUUUAUUAAGGGGGCUCGAUCCGGAUCAAAUCAUCGAUUCCGUGAUCACAGAAGUUGAGCCUCCUUUAUCAACGAUUCCUAGGGCUGAUCAUGAUGAUGAUGAUGAUUUCGAACAUAUCGAUCUCAAUGGCACCAACAGCCACUAUACGCCGCUGACAAAGUGCGUCACCGUCCAGUCGGGACCAUUCCAUGAAAGAAGCGCCAGCCCGUCGUACACGGAUAUUCGCGGACAACAAUCGAAACUUGCGCACUACCGCUACAAACGUCUCAAUAACGACUAG